AGAGCGUAAACAAGCCUAUCGGUUGUCGGCCAAAAACGAGUGAUUCAUCAUUUGCCCAAAAACAAAAAAACAAAAAAAAAAAAAAACGACCCACUGUACAAUGGAGGGUGUGCUAAAUAAUGUCGAUGUUUUAAUUCAAAUCUACCGCAAGUUGGAUUUGGAUGAUCAAAUCAGGUUGUCGCAAGCCAGUGCGAAUCUCAAAAACGUGUUUGAGUCAUUCAUUUUCUCUAGGGAGGACUACAGCACUUUGGCGGUUAGUGCUAGUCAAGGUUACUUUGUGGUGACCAAUGGAUGCAGUCAUCGUCGUUUGUUGCUGCAACACCACGAGCUAAUGGAGUUUAUACGCUGCCAUCAACUCAUGGUGGAGACAUUUUUCCAGAGAAAUGGCACAAUACUCGAUGUGCGACCAUUUCGAAACUUAACCUCGCUUAGCUACAGCAAUUGCAUUAUAAGCCGUAAACAUUUGAAACUUUUCGCCUCUCUGCCUUUGGAAAAGCUCGACAUAGUUAGCUGUACAAACGAAUUCGGUCGAGAUAUAAUGCUUGGCAGCACCUGGAAUGUUGAGUACCUGAUUCCAAUGAGGAAAUUGCGUUUACUUAAGGUACAUUCUGUAUCGGACUAUAGAAGAAAGUUGAUUAGCUUCAGGGAGUUCGACAGAAUGAUUACCAGAACUACAUUAGAGGGUGUUUGGUUAAGGUGUUCCAUACUUUCGGAGAGACCAUUUGGCAACGGCAUGAACGCAAAUUCGCCUGAUACCACGGUUGCGCUUAAACAUUUGGAUAUAGGCUUCAGGAUUCGACAAAAUAACAGUCUUCUGCCUUAUAUGAGGCAUUUUGUAAAUCUGGUAACUCUUACCAUAUCCGUUGAAGACCAGCCAAUUACCGAGAAAAUACUGCUCGAAAUUGCCCGGAUGUGUGUCAAUUUAAAAGUACUACACUUUAGAUCAUCAUCAUUUGACAAUAUUCAGGAUUUUGUUGUACCCUCCAAACUAACAGAGUUUUCGGUCACCUCCUGGUAUGGCUUCAACGCCGAUAACCUGAGACAAAUAUUGAAUUUGGCACAGCUAAAGAAGUUUCACAUGACGGAAACAUUAACGGGAGAUGUGGAAGAUAAUUUUGCCAUCUCUUCCAGCAUCGAGCAUCUGUAUGUCGAUGGCGAAUUCUGGGACUCUAAUAUCGAACUGGCCUUCGGUGGGGGCGAAAACUUGAAACACUUGUCAUGGCUUGUCUCCGGGUUUGUGGAUAAUGCAACAGCAAAUGGUGCUGCCUUGAAAAGGUGUACAAAUUUGGAAGAGCUCAACUUGAAGUUGAGCAAUUUGCCCACGAAACCUCUAUUGGAGUUGAACUCCCUCCACAAGUUGACCAUUACACUGGGCACGGCUUCGGUUCCUUGGUUACAUAUCGAAGAGAUUCUUAAACAUCCGAAUCUCACAGAAUUAACUCUGGAUGGCCACUUUGAUUACGAUGAUCCACCGAUGGAUAUGCAUGCUCCAACAGCAGGUUUCAUCAUUGGUGUUGGGCUUUUAAAAAUUUCUUUUCAAAUUUUUAAAGUUGCCCUCGAUUUCUGGCUGGACUUGCUUAGCCAAAAUAUUCAGUUGCAGUUGAUUGUAAGCGAUGUCGAGCCAGAUGAAGAAAUCGUAGAGUUUGUGAGGAUAUUAAUAAGCCACGAAAAAUUUCCCAGUGAUUUAAGAACACUAGUAAUGUUUGAUUCCCAUAUAAAAUGCCGCGACUUGAGACAUCAUUUGGAGUCUACCAUGCAGCGCCUCAGAAGGGACGUUGAUCAUAUCGAGUACUAUCCAAAUCAGGAAUCCAUAUUUGUCAUAAAGUUUGAUAGAAAUUUAGAACAAGUUAAAUAAAACAAGGAAAAAAUGUGUAAUUGUAUAUUUGGACUACCACUACCCACUACCAUCAUCCUAUUUAAUUAUAACUCCAGUACCAUAUCCAUAGUUCAACUAAACAGGGGCUGAUUUGGUAUCUAAAUAGGGCGUGAUUCAUUGGUAUCAUGAUAGUUCCACCGUGAACCCACCGAGAGGGACCCUCCGAGAUAGAGUGCUUACCAAGGACAUCGCAGGAAGAACGUCUGGAUCUACGCCUUCCAGAUUUGUUCUUUAUUUUCCUCCUAAACAUAAGCAGCCUUAAGUCAUCUGAUACCAAUAAAGUUUAAGUUUAAACCA